CCUUUCUUCCUCACAGCACCUCAUUCCCAAUCACCCACCUUUACCCUCUUCUCUGGGACAGGCAGGGUGAAAGGAGACCUCCUGAUUGACAUUGGCACUGGCCCCACCAUCUACCAGCUCCUCUCUGCCUGUGAGUCCUUUAAGGAGAUUGUGGUCACUGACUACACUGACCAGAACCUUGAGGAGCUCAGCAAGUGGCUGAAGAAGGAGCCAGGGGCAUUUGACUGGUCUCCUGUGGUGAAAUAUGUGUGUGAGCUGGAAGGAGAUAGGGUAGCCAGUGUCCUUUCUGCAGGUGCCAGCCCAG